GGACGGGAAGCGCGGCCACGGAGGAGUGGGCUCCAGCACAGGGCUGGAUGCGGCUGAGGCAGGCGCUCACCUUCUUCCGAACUCCUCCUUCCACGGCUGGAGGGGUUCGCUCCGCGGCUGUUCCUGCCUCUCUCCUGCGGGGCUCUCCGGAAGCCCAAGAGCUCCUCUGGCUUUGGGUGCUGAGGUGACCGAGCAGCACGUUCUCUCAAAAUGAUGGAAAAUAAAGUGUUCCUGUCAUUCACGUUCUACAGCACGAUUUUGAUUUUAAAAAUGUAUGUUGUUGCCAUCAUCACGGGGCAAGUGAGACUCAGAAAGAAGGCGUUUGCAAACCCGGAGGAUGCUCUGCGCAAUGGGGGAUUGCAGUUCUGCCGCCAGGACCCUGACGUGGAGCGGUGCCGCAGAGCCCACCGCAAUGACAUGGAGAACAUCUUUCCCUUCCUCUUCCUUGGAGCCAUCUACUCCCUGCUGGAUCCCAGUCCCACGGUGGCCAGGAUCCAUUUCCUCAUCUUCUGCGUGGGACGGGUCAUCCACACCAUCGCCUACCUCCUGCGGCUCAGGGCACCCACACGCUCCGUGGCCUACAGCGUGGCCCAGCUGCCCUGCUUCUCCAUGGCCCUGCAGAUCCUCCUGGCCACCACCCCGUACUGGUAACACCCAGAGGGACCAAACCCCCUCAUCCUGACGCUGCUGGUCCCCCCUGCGAGUGGGAGAGUGUGUGUGAGUGUGUGUGUGUGUGUGUGUGUGUGUGUGUGUGUGUGUGUGUGUGAGGUGGCACCAGGGAGGUCACCUGCACCAUGAGGAUGUUCACUGCAGCCUCCAUGAAAUUCCACUGCCAUCGGAAUUUGUCAGAGAAGUCACCGGCGAGAAGGGACACGCAGGAAUGGAUGUGGAGGCAGGUUUCCCUCUCUCCUGCUGAGGAUGAGAGGUGGAAAGCACAUGGACUACCCCUCGAGGAAGGGGAAGGAAAGAUUUUUUUGUGUUUAAGACUGUGAUGGGGAAGACGUGCCUUUUCCUCCUGGUCAUCAAUAUCCCCUGAAUCAAGCAGGGAAAAUCAGGAGGGCCCCACAAGAUCUCUAAGUCAGCAGAUGUGGUUGGUAGCAGAGGUUAUAAAGCAGCCACCCUUCUCCUGCCCAGCCAUGUGCAUCUCUGGGAAUGUGAGUCCCUUAGGACUUCGUCCCUUAGGUUCCCCCUCCACCAGGGAGGACAGGAGGUAGGUUCCUUCCAGGCAGCAUAACAGGGAAGUCAAAAUCUCAGGGGUGAAGCUGCAAAGCCGUUGAAGCGUUCAGUGCUCCCAGUGCCACUUCAUCUCACGCCAUGGGACACAGCUCCUUGCCAGGAGCCUCACUGCAGGCAGAACCCUGCUAGAUCCUGGCAACUCCCAGCCAGCAGCACCUGGGGCUUUUCCAUCUCAGCCUCACCACAGCAAGAUGCAGAGCGACAUGCCUGGAGAAGCCAGAAGGAAUCCUGGACACAGAGCCUGAACCUUUGCUGGACACAAAGUUCUGGGACUUCUGGAAAGUCUAAAAUGCUGGCACAAAACAGGGGACUUGCAGACAGAGUUUUCUCCCAAAGGGCCGUCUAGUCCACAUGCCACUAAUACCUGAAAAUGGCCCCAGGGCAUCAGACUGAGUUUCUCCCCCCCUCUUUGUAGCCUUUCUCUGGGUGAAGAUUGGCCGUUGCUAUUUGGGAAAUGUGCCGUGAUCGCCUUAGGGGUGUUUUCUUUCAGCUGUUUCCUGCUGUCCCGCUGCUGCCACGCUGUUCACAGCCUGGACCAGCUGGUGCUUGCAGAAAGCUCUGGAAAUGAGCAGAGGGGCUUUGAAGGGAGUAUUGCUGCUCUGCAGUGUCACGUUGGAGAGAGGAGGCCGGGACCAGGUGCAUGGUGACAAAGGUGCAAUGGUAUUGCACGGUGGCAAAGGCACACACAGCUGUCCCCAGGUGCAAGGGGGUGCUCCCAGCUGCAGCAGAAAUGGAGCAUCCCUCUGGAGGAGAGGGCAGGAGGAAACCUCUGCUCUUCAGAGCCUCCUCCCUCCUCUGAGAGCAACACAGAAUUUGAAUAACAUCACAGGGGCAAGCCAGAAUGAGGAGAAAAUAGUUUCCCCUUCCACCUGUCCUGUGCACUAAGGCUGUGCCCUCAGCUCUGCUCUCCUCAGAGAGACCUCACUGAGCACUGGGGGCACACCUGCUCAGACUGAUGUUUAGCCUUGCUCAGCUCAGGUAGAAGUUUCUCUACCAGUAGCUCCAUCCCAGUGCAGUUGUGGCCUCAGGCUGAGCCGUGUGGUGAAGUUUGGAGUGGAAUUCUUUGCUCUCCCACUGCGAGGAAGGUGGGCAGGAUUGCACGUUCAGCAGUUCACUCUUGGCCACUUCUCCUCCACGCAGAUGUCUGGGUAACACAGACCCCUCUUAACAAGUCUUUUCUGCCUCACAUGGUGCACAAGGUCUUGAACUCCUGUAUGUUUCUCUGCUGCUGCACAUGCAUCCUGGUGGCAGGAAGCAAAUAUUCCCAAUAAAAACAAAUCAUUGUGCUCUGAUACAUCCUUCCUUCGGGAGCAGCAGAUGCAGCUGGGCAGCAGCUGGGUCCAGCCCCAGCAGGAUGUUAAACCCCACUGUAGAGCCUGGAGUGUCCUGGGACUUCUAAAGAGGCAUCCUUUUCCUCUGCACUCACCUGCCCUGCAGAGGAACCUCUUUUCUAGGUGUGCAUUAUUUGUGCUGAUCCUUUAAAUUCAGCAGAGCUGGGGAUUACGAGCAGUCCUGCUCAGUUUUCCUUCCCUGAGUAGCAAGCUGUUACAAAGCCUGGUGUUCACCCAAAAAUCCUGGAGGGCUGGAGAAGCUCAGGUAAGAUGUGGUUGCUUUUGUUCCUGUUCUUAGGACUUGUAAAGGAGCUGCUUGUAUUUUCCAAGAUAAGUAGUCCCCUUUUUUUGCACUAAGUUGCUGAGAAACAAGUGCUUCAUUUCUCUGUUUUCCCCGUAUUUUCCUAAGUUGUUGGUGGCUGGGAGGUGUUGCCCUGUCAGUGUAUGUGUUAGUUUCAUAAAAUGGCUCCACUCGGUUGUUUUCAUUCCCUGUUUGUUUUCAAAUGGGGAAGGCAGUGGUUUUAUAAAAUGGACUCUCUCCAGUACACGUUGCUGUGGUUGGAGAUGUGGCUGGGAUGGAGAUUUUGGCAUGAGAAGGAAGAAAGGAGGCUACAGAACCCCCGUCCAACCCCCAGACCUGCCAGCUGCUUCAGCCUCUUCUCGGCUGCCUGUCCAGUGCCUGAGGCUGAUGCCCUGCUCAGGGAAGCUGAGGUUACAUGCAAAGCUCUACUUUCUUCCUUUUAUAAGAAAAAAAAAAAAUAAACUCUGCUUACUGGCUGCAGGGGAAAGCUUGGGAACGUGAACUCGUGGCUCAAAAGAAAACAAACAUGAAAAGCCUACAAGGCAAACUUGAGAGAGGCCCAAGCAUUGCACUUAUUUUGAAGCGUUGUGGAAGUUUAGGGGAAGCAGGACUGGGCUGGGCUGGGUUGCUUGGGCAGCACCAGUCCCAUCAGGGCUCUCCUGGGACUGGGUGGUCAGAGCCACUGGCUCUCUCCUGGACACUGCCAGUGUUUGCUGCAUGUGGGGGGCAUCCCUGCCUUUUCCCACUUACUUAAAGCCCAGAGCUCCCAAAUUCCUGCUCUGGCAUCAGUAUGGGCAAAGGAUGUGCCCAGUGUCUCCUACUGCUUCAGAGAGCAAGGACAGUGGCUGCACCCAGCAGUCUCUGGGGUUUGGUGUGU